GAGGAGGAGGAGGAGGAGGAGGAAGUGUCAUGGCGUCGGGCCGCGGAGCCUCUUCUCGCUGGUUCUUCAGCCGGGAGCAGCUGGAAAACACGCCGAGCCGCCGCUGCGAGGUGGAGGCGGACAAGGAGCUGUCCUACCGCCAGCAGGCCGCCAACCUCAUCCAGGACAUGGGGCAGCGCCUCAACGUCUCGCAGCUCACCAUCAACACGGCCAUUGUUUACAUGCACCGGUUUUACAUGCACCAUUCCUUCACCAAGUUUAAUAGAAACGGUGAAGGGGGUGGUCUCAAAGUGAAUAUAAUAUCACCCACUGCUUUAUUUUUGGCUGCAAAAGUGGAAGAACAGCCCCGAAAACUUGAACAUGUCAUCAAGGUGGCACACGCAUGUCUCCAACAUCAAGAGCUGGACACGAAGAGCGAUGCAUACCUUCAGCAAGCUCAAGAAUUAGUUAUACUUGAAACAAUAAUGCUACAAACUCUAGGUUUUGAAAUCACCAUUGAACACCCACACACUGAUGUGGUGAAAUGUACCCAGUUAGUGAGAGCAAGCAAGGAUUUGGCCCAGACAUCCUAUUUCAUGGCUACCAACAGUCUGCACCUCACCACCUUCUGCCUCCAGUACAGACCAACGGUGAUAGCCUGUGUGUGCAUCCACUUGGCCUGCAAGUGGUCCAAUUGGGAGAUUCCUGUGUCGACAGACGGGAAGCAUUGGUGGGAGUACGUGGACCCGUCGGUCACUCUGGAGCUGCUGGACGAGCUGACUCACGAAUUCUUACAAAUAUUGGAGAAAACCCCCAGUAGAUUGAAGAGGAUUCGAAAUUGGAGGGCCAUCCAGGCGGCCAAGAGACCGAAAGGGGACGGACAGGGCCCGGACACGUCGUUACUUGGUUCGUCUUUGGUGCAGAACUCCAUCUUGGUGGAUGGUGUGGCCGGAGUCCCCGCCAACGCCAGCUUUCCAAAGCCAUCCACGUCAGCAUUUCCAGCCCCCGUCCCUCUGAGCGCAGGAAGCCUCUCCGUGUCCGACAGCCACCCGACCGACAGCCUGGCGAUGCUCGCCGGCGGGCUGCUGCCGGGCCCGUCCUACGGCUUGGCGUCCCACCAGGAGUGGCCGCCGCAGCAGCAGCAGCAGGAUGCGGCCCGGACAGAGCCGGCCUAUGCCCAGAAGCAGGAGGCCACGCUCUCGGCCGGUCAGUACAACCUGAGCGUCCCGCCGCCUGCCGCCGGGCAGCCCCACCCGGGCCUGCAUCACAGGUCCGACAAGGCCCCCGAGCACGCCGCGGCCAAACCGGAGUUCGCGCCCAAGUCCGGUGGCGGCAAGCACCACGGCGGGCCCCUUCCCGCAGCCCCCACCGCCAUCCCACAGAAAAUGUCCCUGGACAAGUACAGAGAGAAGCGGAAACUGGAGACCCUCGAACUGGACGGUCGGGAGCACUACAUGGCCGCCCCGCUGGACCAGCCGCAGCACAAAAGGCACGUGCCCCCGCAGGUGGCUGGGAGCGGUCCGGUGGCCUCCCCCAUCAAGAUGAAACUUCCCGCGGCCAACGCCGAGAAGCCUGAGAGAUACUCUUCGUCGUCGUCGUCGUCCUCCUCCUCCGACAAGAGGGAAAAGAGCGGCUCCCUCAAGCUGCGGAUCCCGAUCCCCCCCACCGAGAAGGGCGUCAGCAAAGAAGAACUGAAGAUGAAAAUCAAAGUGUCUUCCUCCGAGCGGCACAGCUCCUCGGACGAGGGCAGCGCCAAGGGCAAGGACCCCAAGGAAAAGCACCGAGAGCACUCUUCGGGCCGCCUCCACGGGGGCGGGGGCCCCCACAAGCAUUCCCACGUGCACGGUGGCGGCGGCAAGCACGGCGGCGGCGGCGGCCCCCACGGCGCGGACGGGAUGCCCCCCGCCGUCCUGAGGAGCCCCGCCGGGCUGAGCGGGGACGGCAGCUCCUCCGGCUCCAGCUCCGGCUCCACCAGAAGGAAGCUGCACGUCCACGAGGCAGCUCACAAUCACCACUCCAAAAUGAGCAAAAGUUCCAAAAGUUCAGGUAGUUCAUCUAGUUCUUCCUCCUCUGUUAAGCAGUAUGUAUCCUCUCACAAGUCCGUUUUUAACCUUCCCUUACCCCCUCCUCCCCCUGUCACAUACCAGGUGGGUUACGGCCAUCUCAGCACCCUCGUGAAACUGGACCGGAAGCCAGUGGAGACCAACGGGCCUGACGCCCCUCACGAGUACAGUGCAAACAGCCAGCAUAUGGACUACAAAGACACAUUCGACAUGCUGGAUUCGCUGUUGAGUGCCCAAGGAAUGACCCUGUAGCCCACUGUUCCGGUCCACUGUUCCUUUCCGUCUUUAAUUUGAGCGUGUACGGUAGAGCGGGAACCUCCUGGUCCCGCCGGGCCGCCGCCGAUUCGGGGUGUGCGCGUGCGUGCGUGUGUGUGUGCGUGCGCGUGCGGGCGUGCAAGUGCUGCUUUACCCCUCGCUCGGACAAGAAGGGAUUGUCGUAAGCAAGUCUCUCUCUCCACGCACACGAUAGUGUUAUAAAAGUACUGUGAUAGCAUGGAAGGUGCAGAAGUCUCGGUGUUGCUGCCGCUCAGAACGGUAGAUGGAAUAAGGCUGUUCCCGAGGGGACCUCGAGCGCCGAUUAUUUAUUUAUCAGUCGGAUCCGGCAGCCGCGGAGUCUCGUUGCUUAGCUUUGGAAUGAGUGUCGAUUGUUUUCCUUUGUGUAUUUAUACCGUAUGUAUGAUUUGCAUGUUUCGAUGAUAAAAAAAAGGGGGAGAAAACAGUAUACUGACAACUGUUUACAAGAACGUGGAGAAAAAUGUACAUACAUUUUUGUAUGUUUAGCUAUUACCAUAAAUACUCAGGAUUGGAGCAGCUUGUAAGUAUAACAGAGUAAUAGACAGAAUCACUUUAUUUUCUCCUGUCAGCGUCCAUCAGGACUCUGACACCGAAGGGGCGCUUCGUCGGGAGAACCGCAGACGCUAGGCCUUACUGGGAGAUGUCACUACAAGCGGGCUUCUGGGCCAGGCCCGGUCGCCCCUUCCUGCCCCCGGCCCCACGGGAGGCGGAGCGGCGCCUUCCCUGCUGGCGGGCCAGGGCCGGACUGGACUGCCCGCGGGGGCCCCGGGUUUCUGAAGGAGGAAAAGGAAUCGGAAAUAAAGUUUACAUAAUCUUUGGAUGUGAAGUGCAUUUCGAUGUUCAUUGGCAUGACGCAGUGAUAGACACGGAUCGGUUAAUGAUGGUAAUGUAGAUUCAUGUGAUUUGAGAACUAAAAAAACAAACAAACCUGUAAACUUACCUAGUGAAAAAAUUAGUAAGUUGUUUUUUUAAACUUUAACCCUGUAUGCCAUUUUUUUAAUAGUAAACAGAAUCACUGUUUCCAGUAGCAUUCAGAGUGACACCCGCAUUCUGAACUUCCUAAAAAAGUGUUCUUGUGUGUGAUGCCAUGUUUCUCUUCCAGGUGAAUGCAGUCCACAAUGAAAUAAAAGCAAAACUCUGGCUAUCCUAACUUUCCUUUAUAUUCAAACAAUAAAAUGGUUAUCACUGAC